AUGAGUAGUAAUGACACAAAAUUACGAGUCAAACCAAGAAACCCCCGCAAGAUGAUUGGGGGUUUAUUUGUCUAUAACCACAAGGGCGAGGUGCUCAUUUCGAGGGUAUACAGGGAUGAUAUAGGGCGUAAUGCGGUAGACGCUUUCAGAGUAAAUGUAAUCCACGCUCGUCAGCAAGUUCGCUCUCCAGUGACGAACAUCGCGCGUACAUCCUUCUUUCACAUCAAGAGGGCAAACAUCUGGUUGGCGGCUGUAACAAAGCAAAAUGUCAACGCAGCGAUGGUUUUCGAGUUCCUCUUGAAGAUCAUAGAUGUUAUGCAAUCAUACUUUGGGAAGAUCUCCGAGGAAAACAUCAAGAAUAACUUUGUGCUUAUUUACGAGCUGCUUGAUGAAAUCCUAGACUUUGGCUACCCACAAAACUCAGAUACCGGAGUGUUGAAGACGUUCAUCACUCAGCAGGGCAUCAAAUCGGCAUCCAAGGAGGAGCAAGCUCAGAUCACUUCACAGGUGACCGGUCAAAUAGGAUGGCGACGAGAGGGCAUAAAGUAUAGACGCAACGAGCUGUUCCUCGAUGUUUUAGAAUACGUCAACUUGCUCAUGUCACCGCAAGGCCAAGUUCUGUCAGCCCAUGUGGCCGGUAAGGUGGUAAUGAAGUCCUACCUCUCCGGCAUGCCCGAAUGCAAGUUUGGCAUCAACGACAAGAUUGUCAUGGAGGCCAAGGGAAAAGGGAACGGUGGCAUAUCUGGCAACACAGACAGCGAAGGUGCGAGGUCUGGCAAACCGGUGGUGGUAAUUGAUGACUGCCAGUUCCACCAGUGCGUGAAGCUCAGCAAGUUUGAAACGGAACACUCCAUCUCCUUCAUUCCACCGGAUGGAGAGUUUGAGCUUAUGAGAUACCGUACAACCAAAGAUAUAUCUCUGCCGUUUCGAGUGAUCCCACUGGUUCGGGAGGUGGGUCGCACCAAAAUGGAGGUCAAGGUGGUGCUGAAGUCGAACUUCAAACCGUCGCUGCUGGGUCAGAAGAUCGAAGUGAAGAUACCAACACCGCUGAACACCAGUGGGGUACAGCUCAUCUGUUUGAAGGGGAAGGCCAAGUACAAGGCCUCGGAGAAUGCUAUUGUUUGGAAGAUCAAGCGCAUGGCUGGUAUGAAGGAGACCCAACUCUCCGCUGAAAUCGAACUGCUCGAGACCGACACCAAGAAGAAGUGGACUCGCCCCCCCAUUUCUAUGGGCUUCGAGGUUCCAUUUGCGCCGUCUGGAUUUAAGGUCCGCUAUUUGAAGAUCCGGUUUGUACGAGACCAGGUGUUAGGAGAAUUCAGGAUUGUUUUCAAUUCAAGCAAUAGUUGGCCUGCUUCGUGUAAAUACACAAAACGAAUCCAGUACGAGAUUAUUUAA